UUGCCUCACAAAGCCGCGGACCUACCCGAAACUGCCUCGAGAGUCGAGACAAGCGCUUGGAUAAACCGUUUAGCCUACGCUCUACCUGAACCUAAAAUCUAAAAAGCGCACCACGACUAGACUCCGCGUACAUAUUAAUUAUCAACCAACCUCGAAAUAAGUUGUCUUUACUAAACAACGACGGGUCGUUGAGUUUGGACCUGCCUUUGUAUUGCCCAGAAAUCCUGUUUUGGUUGAGGGACAGGUGUCUUAACUAAGCCAUCAGAGGAAUCCUCCACUGUCUGCAGGCUGUAGCCUCCCCCAGCUCCUGACUGUCCUGCCGCAGCAAUGCUGCUCGACUGUGAGAACUAUGACAAACCCGUGUCCUUCUUCUACAACCAAAGUGGCAAGAACAUCACCUCGGACUGGUCGCGGCGAGACUACAUCGUGGUGGGCGUGGGGCUGACGGUGUGCCUCAUCGUCAUCCUCUCCAACCUGCUGGUCAUCGCGGCCAUCAUCAAGAACCGCCGGCUCCACUUCCCCAUCUACUACCUCCUGGGCAACAUGGCGGCCGCCGACCUGUUCGCCGGGGUCUCCUACCUCAACCUGCUCUUCCACACGGGGCCCUACACCAUCGGCCUCACCCAGCACCAGUGGUUCGUCCGCGGGGCCCUGGUGGACAUGAGCCUCACCGCCUCGGUGGCCAACCUGCUGGCCGUGGCCGUGGAGAGGCACCAGACCAUCUUCACCAUGCAGCUGCACAGCACCAUGACCAAGAGGCGCGUGGUGCUGCUCAUCCUGGGCAUCUGGGCGGUGGCCAUCUUCAUGGGCCUGGUGCCCACCAUGGGCUGGAACUGCGUGUGCGACCUGUCCACCUGCUCCACCACCGUGCCCCUGUACCAGCGCAGCUUCCUGGUCUUCUGGGCCGUGGUCAACCUGCUGGCCUUCACCGUCAUGGUGGCCAUGUACACGCGCAUCUUCGUCUACGUGCGCCACCGCUUCUACGGCAGGCCCAGCCUGGACGACCAGGUCAAGUACGAGACCGUCAUCAGCCUGAUGAAGACCGUGGCCAUCGUGCUGGGUGCGUUUGUGUUCUGCUGGACCCCUGGCCUGGUGAUCCUGCUGCUGGACGGUCUGGACUGCAAGGGCUGCCAGGUGCUGCACUACGAGAAGUACUGCCUGGCCCUGGCCGAGUGCAACUCCCUGGUGAACCCCAUCAUCUACUCCUACCGCGACGAGGACAUGCGGAGGGCCUUCAAGGAGAUCCUCUGCUUCCUGUGCAACAAGAGCUGUGGCCAGCAGGGGGAGCCGGCGCCCCUCGAGCUGAGCAGGAACGGAGACAGCACCAGGUCCAAAAACAGCUCCAUCAGGCGCCCCCUGUUCUCAUCCAGCAGCACCUCGCAUGGCUGAUGAUGACAGCUGGCUGCUCACCAUUAGUUACUGUGUGUUGCUAAAACAGUACUUGUAUUUGGGAUUUAGUUUUCCAACUUCUGGGAAAGACCUAGACCAGUCCCUCAAAAGUGUUCAUUUUACGAAGAGGUGCCCCCCCAUCCCAUUUAAAAAGUCAGGCAUUUCAACGGUUAUUUUACUGUAAUAGAAGGCAAGAUUGUGUCAUUUGCAUCUCCAUCUGUUGUCAAAAAAAAAAAUUGCACAUUGCAACAUUGCACUGGUAGCUCUGCAGUAUGAAGUUGUCUCAGGGAAGAUGGGCAAGGGGGAGUGCAAUACUCACGUCACGCUCAAGCGUCCACCAUAUUUACACCUCAGCUCUGCUCAGAGUACGUACGAAUGGCCCCUCUCUCAGUGUGCUGAAACACUGUGAGCUGGCCGAGGUGGGGAUUGGGGGGCCGGUACAUAAUAGAGGCCACCAAUGGUGUAGGUUUGGUUUGGAAAGUGGUGGGGAAAAAUUGUCGGGGCUUAAUAUUUUCACAUUAUAUUUCUUACAAAGUGGUAGGGACACUUCAAGAUAAUCUCAGAAGUGGUAUGGACAUGUCCCCACCAUCCACCCCAUAAACCACGCCCAUAGAGGCCACAGAGCUAUGCGAUGCAAGUGGCUAUAUUAUGGAUGCAGAGGCAGGUGAUCAGAAGGGGGUGAUGGAGGUGGGCGAUGCGGGCGCCCCAUCUGUGCCAGCUGUCCCAUCAUGCCCCAGCUGGUCUGGGGACUAAACCAGUGGAUGCUCAAUCCUGCAAGCUAUUGCAAGCAUCCAAGGACUGCAUUGCAAAGGACUUAGGUGAGAACUUUCUGACAUCGGUCCAGUUUUCAACUGUGAAUGUUGUGCAUAACUGUGUUAUAUGGACACUGGUUGUUAUGAAUAUCAUGAUGUAAUUAGUAUGCUUAGUUCUUGUCUUGUUUUUUUGCUUAAUAGAUUUAAUAAUUGUUCACAUUUAACAGUAUUUAUCUUAAGUCUGCAUACUAACAAGCUGGGCUCUAAAUUAACCUUUCAUCACCAGCCAAAAUGGCCAACCCAAAAACACAAUCCCUAAUGGGUCAAAAUGUAGUAAGUUGGUCUUUACUACCAGCCAAACAAAAAUUUCACCAGCAUUUGGCCGGUCGGCUGGUGCUGAUCAUAAGCCCUGCUAACAUGUGAAGUAUUUCAUGUUAAGAGUUUUGCCAAUGGGGUAUAAUUAUA